GUUGUCACAGUGUACAUGGAACGUAAUAUAUCAGUCGGUAAAUGUGGCGAUUGAUAGAAAUUGAUGUUGUUUUCUAUUGUGGAAUUGCAUCAGUCUGCAUUUAAACAGUAUUUUGUUCAGUGAUUUUAAUAUAUUUAGCGAUAAAAGAAUACAUUUAAUUCAGCACAAGUAUGGCGGAAGCUCAGCUAAAUAAUAUGAAAAUAAAUGAUGAAGAUGACUUUGUGGACCCGUGGAAUGUUGCUGGCAAAUCUGAGACUGGCAUUGACUAUGAUAAGUUGAUUAAGAGAUUUGGCAGUCAAAAGAUCGACCAGGAGCUUAUAGAAAGAUUUGAAAAAGUCACAGGACACAAAGCGCAUCACUUCCUAAAGCGAGGAAUAUUCUUCUCCCAUCGGGAUCUGCACAACAUCUUGAACAUUGUGGAGGCUGGCAAGAAGUUCUAUCUGUACACAGGUCGGGGACCAUCUUCAGAGAGCAUGCACAUUGGACACAUGAUACCAUUCAUGUUUACCAAAUGGCUUCAAGACGUCUUCAAUGUCCCUCUAGUCAUCCAGUUGACGGACGACGAGAAGGCGCUGUGGAAAGACAUCAAGAUCGAGGAUGCCAGACAAAUGGCGUACAAUAAUGCCAAAGAUAUCAUAGCCGUCGGCUUCGAUCCAAAGAACACUUUCAUUUUUAAUGAUUUAGAUUUUAUUGGCCAAUGUCCAGCGUUCUAUCAGAACAUGUUGAGGAUACAGAAGUGUGUAACGUACAACCAGGUGAAGGGUAUAUUUGGCUUCGGCGAUUCUGACGUCAUCGGCAAGAUCACAUUCCCGUCGAUAGAAGCUGCGCCCGCGUUCUCCACCACUUUCCCUUUCAUAUUCGACGGUAAAGUUGUCCCGUGUCUAGUCCCCUGCGCUAUCGACCAGGACCCGUACUUCCGCAUGACGCGUGACGUGGCGGCGCGGCUCAAGAUGCCGAAGCCAGCGCUCAUCCACUCCACAUUCCUGCCCGCCCUGCAAGGAGCGCAGCACAAGAUGUCCGCCAGCGAUCCCAACGCGUCUAUAUUCUUGAAUGAUAGCGCUAAACAUAUUAAGAGUAAGAUUAAUAAAUUCGCGUUCUCCGGCGGGCAAGCGACGAUCGAAGAACACAGGCAGAAGGGAGGGAACACAGCGGUGGACAUAUCGUUUAAAUACCUCACUUUCUUCAUGGAAGACGAUGAAAGAUUGGCAGAGGUAAAGCAUAAAUACGAAAUAGGAGAAAUGUUGACCGGCGAGCUAAAGAAGGUGGCGAUAGACACAAUAACGGAGUACGUGCAAGCGUAUCAGGCUCGAAGGACCAAAGUGACUGACGAAGUUAUGCAAGAGUUCUUCAGAAUCAGGAAACUUGAGUUUUAAACCUUGUAGAAUAAAAGUAAACGUCACGCGGGUAAUUUAAAUAAACGAACCUUAUUGCUACCUUCGGAUCAAUAGUUAAAUUGGACCUAUCAGAAUAAAGUUUUCUGAUGAUUACAGCUGGUUGAUUGUUUUAAAUAAAAUAUUUUUCCUUUUUUUCUUUCUUUUAUUUUUGAUAUUGAUCCGAAGUCAAGAGAUUGGAAUCUUGUUCCAUUGGAAUUAGCUGAUAUUCAUAUCGUAUGUAUAUCCAUUACAUAAAUGUAUAGUAUUUAUUAAGACGCGUACACAAUUUUUUUUUUUUUUUUUAUUUAUUUAUGAAGGUCUUAGCGUUUAAGCGUUUGAUAAUAAAUGUUACGUUUUGUAUAUUUAUUAUUUUGUGAUCUAUUUCUUGCACUGCCAAUUGUAUAAUACGCCUUAUUGAACGUGGAUGGCCUGAAGUUAGUCACCAGUAAAAGUUUAGAAGAUUCAACAAUUGAACCAUUUGAAAGUAUUUAACAGUUCUCCUAUACUAUUUAAAUGUAAUCUAUUAUCCAUUUUAGCAAAUGUGAAAUGUUAUAAGUCAAGAUAGAAAAACAUUGGACUAAAUAAAAAGAGUUUCUGUGAAUUUAACGGUCAAAGUAAUAUGAGUUUCCGUCGUUUUCAAUAAAUGAUUUCAAUCGCUUUUUCAAUCCAUCGCGAAAACGAACCAAUCAGGACGAAGUUUUUUGGCAAGCUUACAAAUGACUUAUUAUGACUGGCUCAUUCAGGAUCGGAUCGAAGAUAAGAGACGGGAUAGUUUAUUGAAAACGAAUGUUAGUAAGAGGUAAUUGUAAGUUUAUAAAUCUUUGAGAGAAAGCAUUUUGACCGCGCAAUAAAAAUAGUACUUAUGUCAUGAUAUCUUGUAAUUUUUUUGAAAUCUGUCCCGUCCUGUUUUUACGGGAAUCGAAUCCAUACCGCAUAUCCGCAGUAUUGCCUGCUGUGCUAUGGUAUACUUCUCUAAUGUACCGUAGAUUUUUAUAUCUAAGUAUUACAUAAUCAAUACAAAUAUGUAACGUAGUUAAUGUCUAAGUAGCUCAAGUUUUCUUACUUUUAUACGAUAGUAUAGCUUAUUUAUUAAUUAAUAAAGUUCAGUUACGUCUAUUUUCUUUCAAAAUCAGCGUUCGAAUUAUCUAUGCGAUAUAUAACUAUUUGUUUUUUUUUUUAUAAUUUGGUUGACUUGCAAUAAAUAUCUUUUAUGAAUGAAAGCAGUUGCGUAAGUGAGAUUCAAAAGGCUGUGCUCAAAGCAUAAUGUCACAUUUUAUUUGCUAAAGUUAAUAAAGGCAUUUCAUUAAAUGA